UCUGUAAACCCGGACUGAGUUGAGGUCAAGGGAAGUUGGGACAGUUGUAGUGAAUAAACAGAGGCGCCCGUGUGUGUGUGCGUCUCCAUUGUUGUGUAUUAACGUCAAGAAAGGACGGGGCGAGUACCGAGCUAACGCGUCGUUAAUGUCUCAUCAACACAUUUCGUUUUAACGUUAUUAAAACACUCAAAUGAACACGCUGGCAUGUUUGCUGAAUACAACUAUGUUAUUAACACAGUCUGAAAGUGGUAUGCGGGUUUCCUCCGCAGAUUUAACACUCGAUACGUUAAUCCAAUAACAACUGGCGGUGUACAAAACGAGCGCACCCAACAUCAGAAAACGGGCUACGAGCUAAGCUAACCUAGCUAACACAAUCGGCUACCCAAAGUGCGCCUGGUUUUAUCCAACGAGUGUCGCGUGUUGCUGUAUUUGUUUUGGGGUAAACGUCCAUUGUUGUUGUUUCUCGGGAUGCCGAAGUGGAGGUAACGGACAUUCCUCGGAGUGGACGACAUCUUUCUGGCUUAAAUGCACCGUCUGGUCGCUCGGUCAUGGAAAGCGUCCGCCGUUGUUAGAACAAAAGCACUUUUCUCGGACGCAGCCAGAGCGCCGGCGGCGGUCGGAGGGUACGCAGCCUGAAUCCAGCCGGUGGUCGUGAUGUGCGAAGCCGCGGUCUGAUGCCCACCCUCCCCUCAGCGCUGGCCAUGGACGGGGAGAACUACCUGCAUCCAGAAGGCCCUCAGCAGGACAGCAGCUUGUUCUCUGUGGCCUCCUCUAACAUGGAGAGUUCAAUAUAUGCCUCCUCUGAUUCCUGGGAAUCCUACUCUCAGCCGGCUGGAUACAGCAUACACUGCCCUAUGCAAUCUGGAAACCAGCAAUACCACUUGAACAGCAGCACCACCGCCACCACUCCGGAUGCGCACAUGGACAUGUACUCGGGAUUCCCCGACGUGGACUUCUCCAGCCUCAACCUCCCUAGGAAUGGAGAUUUCCCCCAGGACCUGUCCUGCAUUGAUGACCUCUCCACCAACUCUCUGUUCUCCUCGCCGGCCGACUCGCUGUCGGAGUACACCGACGCGCAGCCCUUCAUCAGCCCGGACAACCUGAACACGGUGCCCACCCUCUGGGACGUCAACACUAGCACCACCACCACCACCUCCACCACCACACCAGCACAGAGCCAGCUAGAGCUGAAUGGCACCAGCAGGUUUCAUGGCUUGGCCAGUUUGGAUGAUAUAACUGCUAUUAUCAGCACCCCACCUUUAGGAGGAUUCCAGCCUCAGAGAACCCAGACGCCCACCGAGGAGGAAGAGGAUGCCGAAGAAGAGGAGACAGAGGAACUGGGACAUGUAGACACAUACGCCGAGUACAGACCUUCCAAAUCCACGAUAGGAAUCUCUCAUCCUGACAUCGUGGUGGAGACCAACACGCUCUCCAGUGUCCCUCCUCCUGACAUCACCUACACGCUGUCCAUCCCCGAGCCCACUGUCAAAUGUGGCCUGCUGUCCGCUCUGCAGCUGGAGGCCAUCAUCUACGCCUGCCAGCAACACGAGGUCAUCCUCCAGAACAACCAGAGGGCCGGCUUCCUGAUCGGAGACGGGGCCGGGGUCGGGAAGGGACGCACGGUGGCCGGAAUCAUCCUGGAGAACUACCUGAAGGGGAGGAAGAAAGCACUAUGGUUCAGCAUAUCCAAUGACCUGAAAUUUGAUGCAGAGAGAGAUCUCAAAGACAUCGAUGCACUGACUAUCCCCGUGCACGCCUUAAACAAGAUUAAGUAUGGAGACACCGCUACCUCAGAAGGAGUCCUGUUCGCCACGUACUCCGCGCUGAUUGGAGAGAGCCAGGCGGGGGGGCAGCACCGGACGAGAAUCAAACAGAUCCUGGACUGGUGCAAGCCGGACUUCGACGGAGUCAUUGUUUUCGACGAAUGCCACAAAGCUAAGAAUGCCACUUCCACAAAGAUGGGCAAGGCCGUGCUGGACCUGCAGAACAAGCUGCCGCGGGCCAGAGUGGUGUACGCCAGCGCCACCGGUGCCUCUGAGCCAAAGAACAUGAUCUACAUGAGCCGCCUGGGAAUCUGGGGCGAGGGCACGCCCUUCCGGGUCUUUGAAGACUUCCUGCACGCCAUCGAGAAGAGAGGCGUCGGCGCCAUGGAGAUCGUCGCCAUGGACAUGAAGGUGAGCGGCAUGUACAUCGCCCGGCAGCUGAGCUUCUCGGGGGUGUCGUUCCGCGUCGAGGAGAUCAGACUGGACAGCGACUUCAAACUGGUCUACAACAAAGCUGCCAUACUGUGGGCGGAGGCGUUGCAGGUGUUCAUGCGUGCGGCCAACGAGCUGGGCCUGGUGAGCAGGAAGUCCCUGUGGGGGCAGUUCUGGUCGUCCCACCAGCGCUUCUUCAAAUACCUCUGCAUCGCCGCCAAGGUCCGCUGCCUGGUGGAGCUCGCCCGGAAAGAUCUGCUGGCCGGAAAGUGCAUCGUCAUCGGCCUGCAGUCGACCGGAGAGUCCCGGACCAGAGAAGUCCUGGAUGAGAACGACGGGCAGCUCGACAGAUUCGUCUCCGCAGCGGAGGGGGUAUUCCAGUCUCUCGUAACGAAGCAUUUCCCUUCGGAGAAACAGAGGAGAGAGAAAGCUCCGGGGAUUAAGAGAAAACGGAAGCCUCGAGGUCGCCAGCACAAGGUGCCGAAGCACACCGUGGACAGCGGCGGCGUGAUCAACAUCAGCGACGACAGCAGCAGCGACUCGGACGGCAUGGACACGGACUCCAACUCCUCGCCGGACUCCCUGCUCGACAACGACGACGUCAUCUUUGUCAACCACACCAGCUGCCAGGCGGCCAGGAUAGAGGAGAUGAAGCAGGGCCUCCUCAACAAGAUCUCCGUGCUGGGGAAAGAACUACCUCUCAAUACGCUGGACGAGCUCAUCGAUAAGUUCGGAGGACCAGAUAAAGUCUCCGAGAUGACCGGGCGUAAGGGUCGCGUGGUCCGGCGUCCCGACGGCAGCGUGUGUUACGAGACCCGGGCCGAGCAGGGUCUCACCAUCGACCACAUCAACAUCAAGGAGAAAGACCGCUUCAUGGGCGCAGAGAAGUUCGUGGCCAUCAUCUCGGAGGCGGCCAGCUCCGGGAUUUCCCUGCAGGCGGACAAGCGAGUGAAGAACCAGCGGCGCCGGGUCCACAUGACCUUGGAGCUGCCUUGGAGUGCAGACAGGGCCAUCCAGCAGUUCGGUCGCACCCAUCGGUCCAAUCAGGUGACGGCCCCGGAGUACAUCUUCCUCAUCUCAGAGUUGGCUGGGGAGAGACGCUUCGCCUCCAUUGUGGCUAAAAGACUAGAGAGUCUGGGAGCGUUGACCCACGGAGACCGAAGAGCCACGGAGUCCAGAGACCUGAGCAAGUACAACUUUGAGAACAAGUACGGCACCAAGGCUCUGGAUAAGAUCACCAAAGCGAUCCUCGGCCAGAUAGAGAACAAGGUGCCCCCACCCAAAGGAUACCCCGUGGGAGAAGCCCUGUUCUUCAGAGACAUGAAGAUUGGGAUGAUGGACGUGGGAAUCUUCUGCAGGGAGUCGCGCUUUGGGAUUAACACGGAGAAAGACUGCAGCAUCACCAAGUUCUUAAACCGCAUCCUGGGCCUGGAGGUCCACAAGCAGAACUACCUGUUCCAGUACUUCACGGACAACUUCGACUACCUGAUCGAGAAGGACAAGAAGGAGGGCAAAUACGACAUGGGCAUCCUAGAUCUCGCCCCGGGUAACGAUGAGAUCUACGAGGAGAAGCAGGAAACCUUCAUGACAGUUGGAAAUCCUCAGGAUGGACAGGUUGUUCUCUAUAAGAUCAGCGUGGACCGAGGCAUGCCGUGGGCGGAGGCCUACAACAAGUCCCUGAAGCUCAGCAGCCCCGAUGAGGGAUUCUACCUGUCCCUGAAGCUGCGAGGAAGCCACCCGUGCGUGCUGCUGGCGGAGCAAGGACGAGGCAAGAACCUCAUCGUGUACAAGCCCAACAUCGGCAAGCAGACGCACCCGGAGAGCCUGGACAACCUGCAGCUGCGCUACCGAAAGGUGACUUCCGAGGAAGCCAAGGACAGCUGGGAGAACCAGUUCACCUUCUCCUUCAAGAAGUGCAGCCACGCCAACUGGAAUGGGAAGUGUAAGAAAAUCGAGGAAGGUCAGGAGUGUCUGCAGGGCAUGCGGCUGCGUCAGUACCACAUGCUGUGCGGCGCGCUGCUGCGCGUGUGGAAGUGCGUGUCCGACGUGGUGUCCGAGCUCACCAGCUCCAGCAUCCUGCAGAUCGUCCGCCUGAAAACCAAACACCACAACAAGCAAGUCGGUAUCAAGAUCCCCGAGAACUGCGUGGCGCGCGUGCGCGAGGAGCUCCUGCAGAUGGACGACGAGGUGAAGCGGCGGCGGAAGGAGCGCGAGCAGCAGGCGGCGGAGCAGCAGCUGGCGGAGGAGCGAGCGCGCAAGAUGGAGCAGGAGAACAAACACCUGCUGGCCAACCUGUUCAACCAGAAGCCGAUGCUCAACCAGUCGCUCGCCCAGAGCCAGGCCCUCAAGCAGAAGCUGAGCCAGAACCAGAGGACGCAGGCGGCGGGCGCCAUGACGCAGCUGCAGCGGCUGCAGGCCCAGAGCCAGGCGGCCCUGCAGCAGAACUCGCCCCUGCUGUCCUCGCAGAGAAACCCCAGUCGAUCGCAGCAACGGACGAACAACAGCUGGGCCAACAACCGGGGCGGCGGCGGCGGCGGCGGCGGCGGCGGCGGCGGCGGCGGCCGCCGCUCCAACUUCUCCCAGUUCUACCCGCAGCCCUUCGCGACCCCGUUCCCGCCGCUGAAGAGCCCGUCGUUGCCGCCGCCCGCCGCCACCGCCACCGCCGCCGCCGCCUCCAAGGACCCCCUGGACGAGAUCCUGGACCUGACCGUGAGCUCGCCGUCGCCCGACAGCACGGAGGCGGCGGCGGCGGGCGGGGGGGGGCUGAGUCUGGACGGCAUGGCGGCGCACUCGGCGGCGGCGUUCGCCGAGGACUUCAACCUGGAGUCUCUGAUGGCUCAGACGGCGCCCAACAACGCCCAGCACGCCGCCGCGCUGCAGCCGUUCCUCCUGCAGCAGAACCUCAACCUGCUGGCCAGCAGCCGCCACCAAGACUUGAUGGACCUCCUGGACCUGCCCCUGUCCACCCAGAUGCCCGCGCAGAAAGCCAGCCCGUCGUCCUCUACCUCCUCCUGCUCGUCCUCCUCCGCGUCCUCGGCGCCGCACGCCCCCGCCGGCCUCCUGCCGCCGUCUGGCCUCCUGCCGCCGUCUGGCCUCCUGCCGCCGUCCGGCCUCCUGCCGCCGUCCUCGCCCUCCCUCUUCUCCGGCCCGCCGUCCUCGUCCUCCUCGCUGUUCUCCAACUCCUCCCCCCGCUUCUCCUCCAACUAUCUCCUCCCCCUGUCGGACUCGCUGACGUUGCCCAACGGCCACGCCGGCGCCCUGGACGUGCGCGAGGCCCUGAACAGCAUGCUGCAGGGACCGGACCGCUCGUCCGUCAUCCAGUACCGGCCGCAGGACUAAAGAGCUCACAUGGACUUUGUCUCUUUUUUUCUCCCUUUUUUUUUAUUUAGGUAAUGUUUUUGUUUUUGUCUCUUUUUUUAAAAAGCAGAUUUUGUCUCGUUUGCUGCUGUCUUACGAUCUCAACCCAGGACCUACCCCCCCCCCCCCCCUCAGGGCCUCUAGUCACUUCACUGCCUGUCCUGCACUCGGCUCACCCUUCCCAUCGAAUAGAUUUCUGCACCAAAGUGUGUGAAAGGCAGCUGUAAAACAAAAAAUAAAAGCCCCCCCCCCCCACACACACACACACACACACACACGUGAUAACUGUAUUUUAUUGAAACACGAGCUGUCAAAACAAAAAAAAGGCUCUCGCUCUCGUCCAGGUGUCGAAAUCUCUUAACGAACCUCCCGCUGCCGACUUCACGAGGUCUGAUCAGUGAAGUUUAUAGAAAGCUCUAAAAAAACAACCACCAUGCAUCUUGUUUUAGACUUCUGCUUCAUCGCCGUUACUUCUGGCCGUUGCUCUCGAGGCCGUAUGCAAGGCGCGUUCGAGCGGAACGAAAGACGGCGUCGAACUUGGAAGAUGAAAAAAAAUAGCCCCCUCCCCCCGAUGAAAUCUUUCAGCUGAUAAGCCAUGAAAUGCCUCAGUCGUCUUCUUCUUCUCCUUCUUCUUUUUGUGUUGUUGUUGUUCUUCGCUCGUAUGAACACUAGUGUGAGGGAAAAGGGGAGAGGAGGAGGGGGAGGAGCCAAGUCUGCUGUUGCAAACAGUGCCUUUUUUUGGAGAAACCUUCUAAAUGCAGUCUUUUAAGAAUCCAUGUAGCCUAAUGUAUAGAUUUGUACUCUUCAGCGUUGGUUUUCGUUUUUAAUUUAAACAUGGUAUAUUUUGUAUUUAACUUCUUUUCGCCCCCCCCCCCCCGCUCAGCAGCCCCUAUGUGCUCGUGUGAUGUCAUGUGUCCUUCUUUUGUCUCCUGUGUCCUUGUUGACGCGACGCUACACGGUCAGUACGGCGCCGGAUUAUCGAGCAGCGCGGAUAAAAAAAAGAAAAAUGUCCAAAAAUUGUAUCAACUUUUCUUUUUUUCUUUUUACCUGGCGAUAACAUUUAGCGACGCGACUCCUGGUUUGUUCGGAUAUUGAAUUUCUCAGGAAAGUCUCGAUUGCUUUUGUUGUUGUUGUUGUUUUUGUGUCAAAUUAUGAAAAUUUGUUUUUUUUCAGAAGUCUUUUAAAUACGGUGGAUGACAAAGAAUUUUAAGGUUUUAUUGUCUUCAGGGCUGAAAACGUAAAAAACGAAAAAAAGGUAUUGUCAGAGACAAAAAAAUAAAAAACAUUAUGAAAUAUUU